GUCGAUGCGAAAUUGUCUUUCUUCUACGUCUUUUCCUACUUCGUCUUUUGAGAGUUCUCCUUUUCGGCGCCCAGCCGGGCCGCGCGCAUGCAUGUUGCGAGAAGGCGAGGCGCGACCCUUCCAGGGGAGUUGACUUUUUCUGUUUGAAUCGAGGCUUCUGCCUCCUUCUUGGUCUGCUUCCUGGACCUUUCUCUUUUGAGACUCACAGGCCUCAGGAGCGACAACUUUCCGGUCGAACAGCGCUGUGCAGACCGCCACUAACGAACUUCGCUUCAUUGAAAGUCAGGAGCCAACAUGGCGACUGGCGACGGUGAUAAGGAUCGGAGAAGUGACUCCGGAGAUGAAGGAGAGACAGAAAAAGAAGGCGGCUUACGAGCGUCACAGAGAAUGCCUGCCCGGCCCACAGAACCAGGUGAAAGUUUCCUAGAUGUAACCAUGACUGACUAUUCUUCUUCUUCCUCUUCUUCCUCUUCCUCUUCUUCCUCUGCCUCUUCUUCCUCUUCCUCUUCUUCUUCCUCUUCUUCCUCUUCGUCCUUGACAGCGGCGCAUCUCAUGCAGAACGCCCAGUUGCGAAGCAGCUUCUUGCGUAAGGAGAUGGUUGAGGAGAAGAGCGGUGCUCUCAUGACUGUCGAUGCAGUCCAGUUCGAUGUCCUCUCUGGAGAGGAAAUAAGCAGAUACAGUGAAGUUGAGAUUCACAACAGAGAAAUCUACGUCAACAUGACCAACACCCCUCAUCCAUACGGUGUGCUCGAUCUGCGCCUAGGCCCAAAUAAAAGCGACAGUCGUUGCCAGACCUGUGGUCACACCCUGCUGCAGUGCACGGGACACUGGGGCUACAUGGACUUGCAGGCUCCGGUCUACCAUGUGGGGUACUUCAAGUAUGUGUUGCAGAUCUUGUACUGCAUCUGCAAGACUUGCGCGGCGUUGCUCCAGCCGCCUGAGCAGAAGGAGAAGCUGCUUCUGCGCAUUCGCCGGCACCAGUCGGACCCGAUCGUCAAGCGGCUGCUCUUCAAGCGGACUGUGGAGGCUUGCAAGAAGGUGUCCAAGUGCUUCGAGUGUGGAGCGCCGCAGGGCGUCUUGAAGCGAGUGGUGAAGCCGAGUCUCGAUCAGUUCAUGAAGAUUCGGCAUGUAGUGAAGUCGAAGGAGGGGCGGGCCAUGACGGUCGAGGACGACCUGGAUCCGUUGUACGUGAAGAAUUUGUUGGAGCGCAUUCGGCCCAGCGAGUGCGAGAUUCUGGACAUUGUGUCUCCGGAGAAGCUGCUUCUGUCCAGGCUCUUGGUUCCGCCGAGUUGCAUCCGACCGUCGGUGACGAUCGGCGAGCAGGGAACGACCGAGGACGACUUGACUUGUGUCUUGUCCGACAUCGCCGAGCUGAACAACGUGCUGCAGAGUCACGUCAAGGCAGGGUUCCACACGAACCAGUUCCUCGGAAUUUGGGAGUUUCUCCAGCUCCAGUGCACGCGCCUGAUCAACGCAGACGCACCGGCGGUCUCGCAGCUCCUGGCGUCGAAGAACAUCAGCAAGCCGGGACGCGGGAUUUGCCAGCGGCUCAAGGGCAAGGAGGGUCGCUUUCGCGGGAACCUGUCGGGGAAACGUGUGGACUUUUCAGGACGCACAGUCAUUUCUCCAGACCCGAACGCAAAUGUUUACGAGGUUGUCGUGCCUGAGUGGGUGGCGAAACGUCUGACGUUUCCAGAGCGCGUGAACCGAGUCAACAUCGAAGUCCUUCGCGCUGCGGUCUUGAAGGGGUGCUCGGACUGGCCUGGCGCCUGCUACGUCAACAAGGUCGACGGCAGCAAGUGCAGUCUGCGCUACGCGAACCGCCGGCAGGUGGCAGAAAAUCUGCAGAUCGGCGACGUCGUUGAGCGUCACCUGUGCAACGGCGACGUCGUUCUCUUCAACCGGCAGCCCUCCCUGCACAGAAUGAGCAUCAUGGCGCACCGCGCGCGCGUGAUGCCUUGGCGCACGUUCAGGUUCAACGAAUGUGUCUGCUCACCCUACAAUGCGGACUUUGAUGGCGACGAAAUGAAUCUGCAUCUGCCGCAGACGCAUGAGGCCCGCGCAGAGGCCCUCUACCUCAUGGGCGUCGUCAACAACCUCGUGACACCCAAGAACGGAGAGCCGCUGAUCGCAGCGACCCAGGACUUCCUCUCCUCCUCGUACAUGCUCACCCACAAAGACGUCUUCCUCACACGCGACCAGUUCUGCCUCAUCUGCUCGUACUUCACCGACGGCCUGAGCCGAGUCGACUUGCCGCCCCCAACCAUCCUCAAACCGGUCGAACUAUGGACCGGCAAACAGGUCAUCAGCGUCCUGCUCCGGCCCAAUCGCAACAGCUUCGUCAUGGUCAACUUCCAACUGAAGGAACGUGAAUUCUCCGCAGCCAGAAUCCCCCCUGGAGAGGCGCCCUUCAUGUGUCCUAGCGACGCCUACGUCAUAUUCCGCCAUUCUGAACUCGUCGCGGGAUGCAUCGGGAAAAAAGUUCUCGGGGAUGCAAAGUUCGGACUCUUUUUCCAUUUGAUUCGUGAUAACUCCCCCGCUCAAGCAGCUGCGUGCAUGGGGCGAAUAGCCAAACUGUCUGCGCGGUGGUUCGCGAACCGUGGAAUGACCAUCGGGAUCGACGAUGUCACCCCGAGUCCGACGCUUCUAGCUGCGAAGAAAGACAUUCUGAACCACGGCUACAACCUCGUGGCUCAAGAGAUUCAAAUGUACAAGAAGGGCGCCCUCCAACCCCACCCGGGAUGUACACUGGAGCAGACUCUCGAGGUCCGCGUCAAGUCGAUUUUGGAUGACCUGCGAAAUGAAGCUGGCAAGGCAUGCAACCGCGUCCUCCAUCCGCUAAACAAACCUCUGAUCAUGUUCAAUUCAGGCGCGAAAGGUGCACUCAUCAACAUCGCGCAGAUGAUUGCGUGUGUGGGGCAGCAGAACGUGAGCGGCCAGAGAAUCCAGAACGGCUUUGUGUCGCGAACGCUCCCUCACUUCCCGCUCAACUGCAGAGAUGCAAAGUCGCGCGGCUUCGUCGCCAGCUCGUUCUACUCUGGACUGCAACCGGACGAAUUCUUCUUCCACACCAUGUCCGGUCGCGAGGGUCUCGUUGAUACUGCCGUCAAGACUGCGGAAACGGGGUACAUGCAGAGGCGAUUGAUGAAGGCUCUGGAAGACCUCUCGAUUCGCUACGACAACUCGGUUCGAACAAGCGACGGGCAGAUUGUCCAAUUCGUCUACGGAGAUGACGGCCUAAACCCAGCGAUGAUGGAAGAUAAAAAUCAGUCCAUGUGUCUCGACAAAGUCUUUCAACACAUCUCGUCUCUUCUGCACAUCAAACCUCUCCACGUUCUCCCCCCCUCGUCUCCCUUGUGUGCGCCUGCCUCUUCUCCCGCCGCUCCGAAUUGGCCGGAAGUUGCGCGCGACAAAAUCCUUCCCCCAGACAGCGAUGAGGUCCUCACUGCACUUCUUCAGAGAUAUCAGCAGAUGGAUAUUCGACUUGUGGAAGCCUCGCAGCGGCAGGCCAGCGGCAACGUGGAACCGCCCAGAGCCGUCUACGAGAUAUUCUCCCGCCUCGGCGCUUCCGACGGUGGCCACGGGAAAGAGAAGAGAGCCCGCGAGGACUGGGCCAAGCUCAUGAAGCUGCCGAGGUCCUACAGACAAAAGCUCGCGAUCCUCUUGCAGACUGCCGCCAGUGGAAAUGCUUCGACCAGUCGGUUCUGUCAGCAGGUUCGCGGGAAUCUUCUGGCGCACGUCGCAGUGUACGAGUGGUUGCCGAUUCGCGAGCAACACGUACCGCUUCUGCCGUUUGAAAUUCUAAAGUGGAGUGCGUUCCUCUUGACGCGAACAGCUGAGGUUGUGCCCCUGCCUUUGUGUGAGCACCAACAAGUUGCUCUCGAGGAAGCACCGACCCACCAGAGCGGGACGGAGCGCGUGCGUCUUUUCCAGGACGAGUUGUGGGCGUGGCUGGAACGGAAAGCCGCAGAUGUUGCAGAGUAUCGCGAAAGCGACCGCGAGAAACCUGGGCUGACGCAAGACAGCUACGACAGUCUGCUUGCCUGCUGGAGACGUCAGGGCUUCGGCAUCGAACGAAGGCAGUGGAUAGUGCCCGACUGCGAAACUGCUCUUCAGGCGAGAGGUGUGAAGACUAAGAGCGAGGCGGAAGAUCCGUCCGCCGCGGGCGACGAAGAGACCGACAUGGUCUCUCGAGACACUUGGCAGACUCCAGAUAUGUCGCGUUCCUUUCCAGAAUUCGAAGGUCACGAGAAGGGUCUUGCCCCGACGCCAGGCUGCCCUGGAUCGAGCAGUGGGUGUCGAAACGGCGACCUUGGUCUCCCCGAAAGAAAAUGGAAAUUCAGCAAACACCAAUGGGUCACAGUAAGACACAUUCUCGAAUUCCUGAGAUGCAGCUGGCGGAAAUACGUCAAGGCCAUCAGCGAAGCUGGAGAGGCUGUCGGAGCCAUGGGUGCCCAGUCGAUUGGCGAACCAGGCACGCAGAUGACGCUCAAGACGUUCCACUUUGCAGGUGUGGCCUCCAUGAACGUGACGCUUGGGGUUCCCCGUAUCAAGGAAAUCAUAAACGCAGCGCAAAAGAUUCAGACCCCCAUCAUCGUCGUGCCUCUGGUUAACGACGAGGACUACAACUAUGCAGUGAUGGUGAAAAAUCGAAUUGAGAAGACGCUGUUGUCGGAGUGCUGCUCAUACAUCAAAGAGGUCUAUGCGCCCGACGGAGCUUGGCUGGUCGUCAAGCUCGAUCAGCACACAAUUCGGAAACUCUUCCUCGACAUCAAUGCAAACACGGUCAAAGAUGCCAUUCUCAGGCAGACGGCUGUCAACAAAGUUCGCAUAACGAAGAACUCCGUGGAGAUUAUCAACGAGUGGAAAGUGCGCGUAAUGCCUCCUGGAGGAAAUCAGAUCUUCUUUCAACUUCAAGCGCUCAAACUCGGCCUUUUAAACAUUGUACUGUGUGGCCACAAGGACGUCAAGAGAGGCGUGAUCAAGUGCGAGCAAGUUGAACAGCCCGACAAAACCAAGAAAACAGUGUACGGCCUCGCUGUCGAAGGCUAUGGACUUCGAGAUGUCAUGGGCACUCAGGGUGUUAAGGCUCUUCAGGCCACCUCGAAUCACGUGAUGGAAGUUGCUCAGAUUCUUGGCAUCGAAGCAGCGCGAGCUGUCAUUAUCAGCGAAAUCCGAAAGUGUAUGGACGCGUACUCGAUGGAUAUCGACUGUCGACACAUGACGCUUCUCGGUGACGUAAUGACGUUCAGGGGGGAAGUCCUUGGCAUCAACCGCUUCGGCAUUCAAAAAAUGCGAGCAUCCACCCUUAUGCUGGCAUCCUUCGAAGAGACAAACGAGCACCUGUUCGAGGCUGCCGUCCACCACCGGGCUGACCCAGUCAAAGGUGUCAGCGAAUGUAUCAUCAUGGGAAAGCAGGUGUCUCUUGGAACCGGAAGUUUCGAUCUGCUGCUUUCGCAAUCGGGAGCGCCCUUAGCCAGCGACUACGGUGGAGUGCUAUCGGCGUACGGGUUGCCCGAGAAGCAUACUGUGUAGGAUAUGAAUCGUUGCAUGGUUUUUAGCAGGUCCGGGAUUCAGGCUAAAGCUCCGAGUUUUUUGUGGAUCGCUUUGCCCUCCACUGUUCUAUAGUCAAUGAGUUUGUCAACGGCAAAUAUUUUCCUCCGUACGUCAAACGCUGCCCCGUGUUAUUUCCUGGGAUAUCAGAUCACUUUGAGAGGCCUGUUUCCAGAGAACCUUCUCAGUCGGCAGCUUGAGUCGGUCUUGAGUGAACGUGAACUAACGCAGGGAGGUGAAUUGCAGACAGUUUGUAUUGUGUGAGAAACAUUCAGAACAACAGAUGGA